AUGAAGUUCGUACUAAUUAUUGCUUUCCUUGUAGUUAACGUUACGGCAGCUGAUUACGGUACGAUAAAUCAGUAUGACUCAGGAUACGCCGUUCAACCGGCUUACCCACAACAAUCGGUAGAUAUUUUAACUGCUCUCAGAAAAAAUGGCUUUUCAAAGUUCGUCGAGCUGAUCGUUAAGGCUGGUUUAGAAGAACGUUUUUCUGAAGCCAGACCUUUCAUCGUAUUGGCGCCGAAGAAUGAAGCCUUCGCAGCCAUCGAUCCUAAAGUUCUAGCAGCCAUUCUGAAAGAUAUUAACCUGUUGAGAGACAUUCUUCUUUAUCAUCUGGUGCAUUUCAGACAACCAUGCAGCCUCCUGUCUGCCAUCUUUGUUGAACUACCUGUAAACACUGCGCAAGGUGAACUUAUGCGUUUCAACGUAUACCGAAACAAAGGGCCUUCAUUUGCUACCGAAAAUGUUGCAACAGCUAACGGAGUACCACUUUUACAAGCGAUACCGAAAGGUAAAAACAUGAUCUACCCUAUUGAAAAGGUUCUUAAUCCGCAAGACUUAUCGCCCAACAAUACCUUCAUCAAUUUUUUGAAAAGCAACAAAGACCUCUCCAUCUUUCUACGCAUAUACGAAGUAUUAGGCAUCCCUCUAAAUAAUUUCAGAGGUAAGUUUCAUUUCUUCAGCAAAUCGGCAUUAUAA